AUCGUGAAUUCAUGGCUGUAAUAGUUCCACCAUUUUCAUGGCACCAAAGACCUGUGUGUGCUCCUGGUCUGUUACACCCUGGUGGCCAACCAGACAACACAAGUAUUUGCGGGAAACGCGCGCCGGCCGCCGGGAUUACAGCGGACGCCAACCUACGUCCAAACAGAAAGUCGCCACAGGAUCCAGGCAUCAGCAGCAUCGAGCAGCCAACCUGCUCCCACUCCGCAUCAGCAUCACCUCGUCAAACGACCGACGACCUGCAAAUGCCAAUCACUUUUACCCGCCCCGGCCGUCAUCUGUCACUGUGCCGGUCACCUGCCGUCCUCCACUCCAAUAAAGCUGCUGCCUGCCAAUCAUUCAGCUGCAGUCACGCACUAGCCUUCCACUGCACCGGCCGCCCGCUAGGCCACUGCAAGCAGUAGCAUCAACUGCUCCUCGACGGGAAAAGAAAAGAAAAUGGAAUGUGUGACUGUCUUGUCGUCGGAUAAGCGAGGUUUUUGCCGGAAUCGUCGGUUGGUUUGGCCACUUGCUCCUCGGCAGGCAGUUGCCGUUGCCGGAGCCCGUAGGGAAAAGCUAGCUGCCUCUGUAUCUGCCUAGCUCUCCUGCUCGGUGCAUAUAAUCGUCCGGCCGGCCAUUAACGCCCAGCAUGGCCAUGGCCUCCUAAAUAAAGCAAACUCACUUCCUUCCUUUGCUAAUUAGCCUCUGUACGUGCCCAGCUUGGCCUCUCCAACCACCACCGUUCCAUUCCUGUCCGUCGACAUGGCGGCUUCCUGCCGCCGUGACGAGCCGGCGCGGAGCUAGCCACCGCCGACGAAGACAAGGCGUCAAUGGCCAAGGCAUCCUUGCUGCCUCUGUCGCUGCUCGCGCACGCCGUCGUCCUCGCCGCCUGCUUCUUUCCGCCCCUCUGCUGCACGGCGCGGAGCCGCACCGAAAACAUCUCGGCGAUCGAGGUCACGGUCCGCGCCCGCGCGUCCGAGCUGCUCCACGACGCCGCCAACACGAGCCGGCUCGUCGACGUGCCCCUCCCGGCCAACCUCUCCGCCGGCGCGGGAGGCGGCGGCGUCCGGGCCUGGGCGCUGCGCGUGCGCAGCAACAAGCUCUGGGCCGACGGCGUCAACGCCACGGGCUUCGCCAUCCCGCCGCGCGUCGUGCCGGCGCCGUUCGCGCGCCGCCUCACCGUCGUCUUCGAGCGCUUCGCCGUGGGGAACUCCUCCGCGUUCUUCGCCGCGCCGCGCCGGUACGCGCUGGCCGCGCCCGUGGCGGGGCUCCUCGCGUACGACGCGUCGGCGGGGCCCGGCGCCCGUGUCUCGCUCCGCGCGUUCGGCGCGCCCGUGCGCGUCGAGUUCAAGGACGACCUGUCGACGGACAGAGGGUUCAACGCCGCCGCCGCGCGGUGCGUGACGUUCGCGGCCAGCGGGGAGGUCAUGGCCACGCACGCCGUCGCCGCGCCGGGCUCCGCGUGCGCGGUCACCGGCACGGGCCACUUCGGUAUCGCGGUGCGGCUGCCCGAGACGCCGCCGCCGCCAGCAGACCCGGCCGUGAGGGCCAGGUGGUGGGCGUGGACGAUGGGUGUCGGCGCCGGUGGGGUGCUGGGAGCCAGCGUGUUGGCGCUCUCUGUGGCCGGCGCGGUCAGCUGGAGCAGGAGACGGCGAAGGGAGGAGAUGGAGCUGCGGGCGCUGGCCGGAGAGGAGCUCGGGAGGAUGACGGUGCGCGGGAGCAGGAUGCCGUCGGCGAAGGUGGUGAGGACGCGGCCGGAGCUGGAGGAGCACAGCCCGGCGUGGUAGCGGUAGGCGAGCUCCUCUCCGGGGACGUUGCACCAGCCGCCGCUGGCUCAACGUACUGCUUGAGGAUUCUAACGUUUCCUUCUUUGUGUUGCCACCACCACCACCACCACGCAUGGUGUGUCCAAUCAUCGAACUUUCUUGCAAUUUUCAAUGUAAAAUCUUCUCUUGUAGAUUCCGCGGCGCAGGAGACUUUGUUGUACAGCUCGAUGUACAUUAUCCAGGUUAUUAACAAAUGUAAAUGGAGAUAGAUAUUUAUACUUUUUGCGAUGAACUAAAUAUUUCUAGAUUUUUGCUAUUGUACAACACAUUUGCAGUAAAAGAAAAGGCAAUUUCAUAGUA